AUGUGUGUGGGAAGUAUUCAUGAUGGGGAAGAAUUCAUGAGAAUGAGACUACCCUAUAAAAAAGUUCUUGUUCUUGACGAUGUGGAUGAUGAGGAGCAGCUUGAGGCGUUAGCUGGUGAUUGGCUUAAGGACGGAAGUAGGAUUAUCAUAACAACAAGACACGAGAAAGUGCUGGUAGCAGAUGGCAUAGAUACAAACUGGAUUCAUGAUGUCGAUUUCUUGUCGGAUGAGGAAGCAAUUAGCCUCUUUAGUAGGUAUGCAUUCAAGAGAUAUAUUCCAGAUCAAGGAUAUGAAGAGCUUUCAUUAGAAGUAGUACGUUAUGCUGCUGGUCUUCCCCUAACGAUUAAAGUUUUGGGUUCACAUCUUCGUGGUGAAAAUGAGGUUGUAUGGAGAGAUGCACUAAAAAGACUAAAAACAAUUCCAUCACGGAAAACUCUAGAGGGGAGUCCUAAAGAAUAUGCAAUUAAAAUUCUUGAUGGCUGUGGAUUUCAUGCUACAUAUGGUUUAAGAGUUCUUGAGCAAAAAUCUCUAAUAACAAUUUCAUAUAAUAGAUUAGGCAUGCAUGAUAGAAUAGAAGAAUUGGGCAAAAAUAUUGUUUGGCGAUCGCACCCCCAUGAGCCCAACAAACACAGCCGACUCUGGAUUUGCGAGGAAAUUGAAGAAUUAAUCUCUAAUGAUGUGGGUACUGAAGCAUCAACAUGUAUAGGACUGCAGCUGAAUACGGUGGAUCUGCCUCCUGAAAUUAUCAUGAAAGGCCUUGGAAAAUUGAACAAACUUAGGUAUCUUUUUCUUCAUGGGGAGCUUGAUGACUGUUUCCCGAGUGACUGGAAGUUUGAUCAAACAAUACAGUACUUACCGAAUACGUUACAAUUCCUGUAUUGGCGUGGUUACCCUGGUUUUUCUUUACCCCAAACAUUUCGAGCAAGUAAUCUUGUUGGACUUGAAUUGCCUGGCAGCAGAAUCAUGCAACUUUGGGAAAGCGGAGAACGAAAGGCGCUUAAGAAGCUCAGGUUUCUUGUUCUUAUGUAUUCAGACUUGAGGACCCUUGACUUUGGGAUGACUCCGGAUCUUGAGAGGUUAGAUCUUCAAGGAUGUUAUGAUUUGACAGAAGUUCAUGUGCCUGGAUGCUUAGAAAGGCUUGUCUACUUAGAUUUAGGUGGUUGCUCAAGGUUUAGAUCUUUCUCGUUUAUCAAACAAUUUGAAUCACUUGAGCUUUUUAGGUUACCCAACUUAUCUAUGCAUGUGAAAUGCUUGGAGGAAUUCCCAAGGGACUCCAGCAACAAUCUGCCAAUGCCACAAUUUCAGUUUCAUUAUUUUAAAGAACAACCCUCCUCAACCGGUGUCUAUCUAGAUCUCCAGCCUUGCACAAAACUUGAGAGUGUUUCAGGAAGCAUUUGUGGUUUACAACAUCUAAGAGAACUUACAUUCCAUGGCUGUAUUCCAGAGGUGCCCAAUGACCUUGACCAGUUGAAAUGCUUAGAACACCUCACUUUGUACUCUACACACAUCAAAUGUCUUCCUGAUAGCCUUUGUAUGUUGAAAAAUCUGAAAUCUCUCACACUUAAGAUUGCGUGUAUCUUGAAGAGUUACCGGAGAAUCUUGCUUCUUGAGAAGUUACCCGAGGAUAUUGGGCAAUUAGAAUGUUUAGAGGAGCUGAACCUGAAAAAAUGUGCAUCUUUACUAGAUAUUCCAAACAGCAUCUGUAAGAUGAAAUUUUUGUCAUAUUUCUAUCUCCCCUUUUGUAGUCAAGUUCAGAAAUUGCCAGAGGAACUUGGAAGUUUACAGUGUUUAGAAGAGUUGGAUAUAAACUGUACAGGAAUAAGUCAUCUUCCACAGAGCAUUUCUUCAUUGGAAGGUCUGUGUAUUGUUGGAUCUGAGGCACUUCUUAAGUCAUGUGCUUUUGCAACUGAGAUAGAGACCUCAGAAACUAAAACAUUCUGCUACAUACAAGUUGUGGAUAACACAGGCGCCCGAACAUGA